AAGAUAUUAGUCAUCUUCUCAAAAAAGAUGAAGUGCUGACUGAUGAAAUGCUUAAAGUUGAAUAUACAACACCAAAAACAAUUCUUAAAAAAAGAUUGCAUCCAUCUUUUAUGUCUAUACCAGAUCUCAAAUCUUCUAAUUUUGAAGAUAAAUUAUAUUAG